GUCAAAACUGUCAAAUGAAUGUUGAUUGAAUUGUAAACACGAGUUUCUCGUAGUAUUCUAUUCUAUUGAAUUUGCGUUCGAUAUAUUUGAAAAAUGGUUAUAGCAAUAGGAUUUGAAGGCAGUGCUAAUAAAAUCGGCAUUGGUAUCGUCAAAGAUGGGGAAGUUUUGUCCAAUUGCAGACGAACUUAUAUUACACCGGCUGGAGAAGGAUUUCUACCCAGAGAAACAGCAGAACAUCAUAGACAAAAAAUACACGAAGUUCUAAAGGAGGCCUUGGAACAGUCUGGCAUAACACCUGACAAGAUAGAUGUAGUCUGUUACACUAAGGGCCCUGGUAUGGGAGCUCCAUUGAUGGUGUGUGCUAUAGUAGCGAGGACCUGUGCUAAACUUUGGAACAAGCCAAUUCUUGGAGUCAAUCACUGUAUUGGGCAUAUAGAAAUGGGUAGACUAAUCACCAAAGCCAAUAACCCAACAGUUUUAUAUGUGAGUGGUGGCAACACACAAGUAAUAGCUUACUCCAGGAACAGGUACCGGAUAUUUGGAGAAACCAUUGACAUUGCUAUGGGGAACUGUUUAGACAGAUUUGCAAGAGUGCUGAAAUUGUCUAACGCGCCAAGUCCAGGAUACAACAUAGAGCAAGCUGCCAAGAAGGGAAAAAAAUUCUAUCAACUUCCUUAUUGUGUAAAAGGUAUGGAUGUGAGCUUCUCAGGUAUACUAUCGUACAUGGAGGACAAAAUAGACGAUCUGCUGAAAACAUACACACCUGAAGAUUUAUGCUAUUCACUGCAAGAAACUACAUUUGCCAUGUUAGUGGAAAUCACUGAGCGUGCUAUGGCGCACUGUGGAUCUGAUGAGGUACUGAUAGUCGGUGGCGUUGGCUGCAAUGAACGCCUACAAGAGAUGAUGGGAGUUAUGUGUGCAGAACGAGGAGCCAAAUUAUUCGCCACAGACGAAAGAUUUUGUAUCGACAACGGGGUAAUGAUAGCUCACGCAGGCGCAUUGGCUUUCCAAUCAGGAGCCAAAAUGGAUUUCAAAGAAUCAACUAUCACGCAAAGGUUUAGGACUGACGAUGUCUAUGUUACGUGGAGAGAAGAAUAAAUAUAUUUUAUAUUGAAU